UCUCAACUCACAAGCACCGAAGCACGUCCAUUUGUUUCCUGAUUUGUCCUCGGAGUUGUUAAGAAAUUACUCCACCGGAGUCCCGAAGUAAAUGUAGUAGGCUGGUCGUCGGCGUUUUCUCGGAGGAAUUAAGAUCCAGAAAAGAAUAAAAAAAUGGCUAGCAAUGGUACAAUUGCAACUAGUCCAUGUCCAGCAGCCAUGAAGGCAACAUCUAAUGGGAUGUUCCAGGGGGAUAAUCCUCUUGAUUUUGCACUCCCUCUUGUCAUCUUGCAGAUAUGUCUUGUACUUGCACUCACCCGGAUUCUUGCUUUUCUUUUGCGGCCAUUGAGGCAGCCUCGCGUCAUUGCUGAGAUUAUUGGUGGAAUAUUACUUGGCCCUUCAGCGCUAGGUCGCAACAAAAACUAUCUAAAUGCAAUCUUUCCAUCAAGAAGCCUCACAGUGUUGGAUACAUUAGCCAAUCUUGGCCUGCUCUUCUUUUUAUUCCUUGUAGGCCUAGAGUUAGAUCCAAAGUCCCUCCGCAGGACAGGAAAGCAGGCUUUAAGCAUAGCCAUUGCAGGAAUUAGCUUUCCCUUUGCAUUAGGAAUUGGAACAUCAUUUGUCCUCCGGGGAACAAUUGCCAAAGGAGUAGAUAGGGCCCCAUUUCUUGUGUUCAUGGGGGUGGCACUUUCUAUCACUGCAUUUCCUGUAUUGGCCCGUAUUUUGGCUGAACUCAAGCUACUGACUACUGAUGUUGGCAGAAUGGCCAUGUCUGCUGCAGCAGUCAAUGAUGUGGCUGCAUGGAUUCUGCUUGCUCUUGCCAUUUCCCUCUCCGGCACCGGCCGCUCUCCGUUGGUUUCGUUAUGGGUGUUCUUGAGUGGGACUGCUUUUGUUCUCUGCUGCAUAGUCUUUGUCCCCCCUAUCUUUAAUUGGAUGGCGCGGCGUUGCCCCGAGGGUGAGCCUGUAAAAGAGUUGUAUGUAUGUGCUACUUUAGCCGGGGUUUUGGCGGCCGGGUUUGUGACUGAUUCUAUUGGAAUUCAUGCCCUCUUUGGUGCAUUUGUGGUUGGAGUAAUUAUCCCAAAGGAAGGGCCUUUUGCAGGUGCUCUUGUGGAAAAAGUUGAGGAUCUUGUAACUGGUCUUUUCCUUCCUUUGUACUUUGUCUCAAGCGGAUUGAAAACCAAUGUAGCCACUAUUAAAGGGGCGCAGUCAUGGGGUCUCCUUGUAUUAGUCAUUUGCACUGCCUGUUUUGGGAAGAUUCUUGGUACUGUAGCAGUCUCCCUCCUCUGCAGAGUACCUGUUCAUGAAGCUCUGGCUCUAGGGUUCCUAAUGAAUACCAAAGGCUUGGUGGAACUCAUUGUCCUCAACAUUGGCAAAGACAGAAAGGUAUUGAAUGAUGAAACAUUUGCCAUCAUGGUUCUUAUGGCUAUCUUCACAACCUUCAUUACAACACCUCUAGUCAUGGCAGUCUACAAGCCAGCUAAGAGAACAAGUAAAGCCACUCACAUGCACAGAACAAUUGAGAGAAAUGACACAAAAUCACAACUCCGGAUUUUGACCUGUUUCCACAGCACAAGAAACAUACCCGCCAUGAUUAAUCUCAUUGAGGCUUCACGUGGGAUAGAGAAGAAGGAAGCACUCUGUGUCUAUGCAUUGCACCUCAUGGAGCUAACCGAGAGGCCGUCUGCAAUAUUGAUGGUUCACAAGGCAAGAAAGAAUGGCUUGCCCUUUUGGAAUAAGAGUCGUCAAUCAGAUUCCAAUCAAGUUGUUGUUGCCUUUGAGGCCUUCCAGCGGCUCAGCCGAGUGUCGAUUCGCCCAAUGACAGCAAUAUCUUCAUUGACAAAUAUAUAUGAGGACAUAUGCACGAGUGCUGAGAGGAAAGGAGCAGAAAUCAUAAUUCUCCCAUUCCACAAGCACCAGAGGUUCGAUGGAGCACUCGAGACGGCUCGAACUGAGUUCCGUUGGGUCAACAGGAAGGUUCUUGAGCAUGCGCCAUGCUCUGUGGGGAUCCUUGUCGACCGUGGACUUGGUGGAAGCACACAGGUUGCUGCAAGCAAUGUUUCCCUAAACUUAACUGCCCUUUUCUUUGGCGGCUGCGAUGAUCGUGAAGCUGUUGCUUAUGCGGCUCGGAUGGCGGAGCAUCCUGGUAAUAGUUUGACAGUCAUUCACUUCCUAGCAAGCCCUGAGAUUGUAGGGGAAAUUGUUGAAGUUGAUGUUGGUGAUGGUGAUGGCUCCAACACUUCAGCAGCAACCAAAGAUGAAAUCUUUCUUGCUGAUUUCAAGCAGAAGACUUUGAAUGACAGCUCAAUCAAAUUUGAAGUGAGGUUUGUGAGAAAUCCUGCAGAAACUAUUGAUGUGGUGAGGGAGGUUGGUCGAUGCAAUCUCCUUUUGGUUGGUCGGGUGCCUGAGGGUCAAGUGGCUGCAUCUUUGAAUGUUAAGACUGACUGCUCAGAGCUUGGACCAAUAGGCAGCUUGUUGACUUCCCCGGACUUCUCAACUCCAGCAUCAGUCCUGGUGGUGCAGCAAUAUCAUAGCCAGAGAUAUUUUACUCCAUUUUCUUCAAGGAGAGUGUUGCCUGAGGAUGUCUCUGUGGUGCUGCAGCCUCCUGAGGAAGAUUUAGAAUCCAAGUGAUUGGCUUUUUUUGGCCAAAUAAUGAAUUUCAUAGCUACUGUACAGCAAACAAAUAUAUAUAGAUUACAAUUUUUUUGGAUUUCUUUGCAUACUUAAUUCUGUGAUGAUUAAUUAUUGUCUUCGACCAAAACGUUAUCAUUCAUU